GAAUAUGUUUGUCCCCGAUGUAACAGUGGGUUCAUUGAAGAACUUGAGCGGGCCCAAGGUUCUGACAGUGACAGCUCCAGUGACAUGGAAUCAGAACAGUACGACAUGUGGGAAAUGAUCAGUCAGGAUGUGUCAUCGACAGGACCAGGUGGGUCAGGCUCCUCUUCUGCCUCGUCCUCUGGCCCUGGACUCCGCAGGAACCAGCGACUCAGACACCUCAACCCAAGGCAUGGGAGGAGGAGAGUAAACGGAGGGGACCGCCACUCUGCCCUUGCCCCACUCAUCCAUGACCUCAUAAUGCAAAUGACAUCAGGAGUGAUUGAAGCCAGUGUUGGGGCAGGUGAUUUCCCUGGCGCGCAGGUGGGCUUUGACCUGCCAGGCUUUCCUGUUCUUGUUGCGUCCAACCUUGCCUCGAACCCUGGAGACUACGCCUGGGGGAGGGGGGGGCUGGAUGCCAUCAUCACGCAACUGAUGAAUCAGCUGGAUGGCACAGGGCCACCGCCGCUCAAUCGGGAUCAAAUUUCUCAGAUUCCCACUGUCAGCAUCACCAAAGAACAGUUUGAUCAGGGUCUGCAGUGCUCAGUAUGUAUGGAGGACUUUAAAGAAGAUGAAAGUGUACGUCGGCUGCACUGUGAACACUGUUAUCACAAUGACUGCAUCAUUCCCUGGUUAGAACUUCAUGGCACAUGUCCAGUUUGUCGAAAGUUAUUGAUAGAAGAUGGACAGUUUCCUCAUGGGGGAACUGCAUCCUCCGCAAGUACCAGUAGCAACAGCAGUACUGGUCCUGGUCCAAGGUCCUCUAGUUCUCAGGCAGGACCAGCUGCAUCCCCCCCAACUGUUAACAGCAAUGCCUCCCCCACUUCCUCGUCAACUAGCAACAAUACCCCAUCUUCGAGAUCAGCUCCAGCAAGAUCCAUGUUUGAGGAUGAGCUAGAUUGAUGUUAGGAAAGCCACCUUGUCAGUGAUUACUUUGUCUUUGUUUGCAUCACAGUAAUACCACUGUUGCUUGCUCAACUCCUCUGUGGUGUUUCAGCAAAGGAGAAAAUUGAUUUCGUAAUUGACACAAAUUAUAGAAUAUUGAAGGAAACUAUGAAAUAUGUUCUGGAUUAUUUAUUGCUUAGACAAGAUUUCUUGUAAUGUAGGGAACUGAGUGAGGUGAAAGAACUGCUGGAGACCAAGUCAGCAGCCUUUGAGAUGUCAUUGUUUUCAGGAGCUGAAUCAAGCCCCAACUUAUAGUGUUACCUCUUUACAUACAUUGUAAUGUGACAGCACUACGUGUUAUGGGCCAAAAAUACUAGUGAGAAAACUAUGAUGAUAAAACAGCCAUAUCCCAUUGCUACUAAAUUGAAGCAUCGUAACUACAGCAAAGAAAUUGAGACCCAGUAAAUUUUUAGAAUUUUUUUAAUUAACCACUCGACUACUCCUGUAGUGUUGCUUCAGGUACAGAGAAAUGGGAU